AUGUCAGUCGAUUCUCAAAUUAGCACCGGGACGGGACCCGCUGCCCAGGAUGCUGUUGCUCUUCACGAGCAGCCCAAAAUAUCGAUCGUGGUCGAAUUCUCGGGCGGACUCGAGAUGCUGUUCUCAGACCAACGGCGCCAUUCGCUGUCAAUCCCAGCCGUUGACAAGGAUGGCCGGCCAGCGACCGUUGCUUUUCUCAUAGACUACCUAUGCCGGAACACGAUGAAGGACAGCCGCCAGGAGCUGUUUGUGCUCGAGGACCAUCUUCGGCCAGGAAUCCUUGUCUUAAUCAACGAUGCGGACUGGGAAUUGGAGGGAGAGGAGUCCUAUGAGAUUCAGAAUGGUGACAACAUUCUAUUCGUCUCGACGCUGCAUGGUGGUUAG